AUGUGCAAGCAUGGUGGAAGCAGCCGGCGGCAAACGACAGUAAACUCCCGGCCGAAGCCGGCAGACAAGCACAAGUUUCGUCGGCAGUUUGCCCCAGAAUUACGGGCAGACCAGUCGCCAAACUCAGACGGCUUGAGGCUUCCUGGGACUCCUGUCGUUCGUCCGUCGGGGCCCUCCGAAAGAGCUUCGGAGGAGACACGCAGCCCGAUGAGCCCGCACGCUCUGGCGCCUCCGCCGGCACGAAAACGCCUUGCGUGGGCUCGGGCUGCGACUGAAGACGUGAUUUGCUGCUCUUCCUGUUCUCCGUCUUCUUUGUCGCCUGCUCCACCCUCGCCCUCGCAGCGGUCCACGCCUUCUUCGCCUCAUUCACGCUCUCCUCAGGCAGCCAAGCUGUCGCCACUGAAGACUCGUGCUCGUGCUCUUUCCGUGGACACAUGCUUCGUGUCGAGCUUCGUCCGCGGCCACACCCCAAGUAGCGAGGGUGAAAGCAGACAUGAGCAUCUUACAGUCACGGAAGUGUCCUCGCAGGAAAGCCGCGGGCAGGAUUUGCAAGACAGCAUUCGACGUCGCAGCCAACAUCUGCGCACGCGGCUGCAAAAGGCGGUGGCAUUGCAGCGACUCUGCGACGAAGAAGGAAUACCAAACGACUUUGCCGUCAAACCACCUGCUGCGAGAAGAGCACGGCGAGCUCGCUGCUCCACUUUCCAUUUCACCAUUGAUGGACGGGCGGUGAGCCAGGGAGAGCGAAAACGAUGGGAUGCAGCUUUCGCGCGGUUCGCGAGCGAUGGAGAGAUCCAUGUGGAUGACCUGAGAAGGGCAUUGCAGCUUUGCGGCUUCUGCGAUGUGAGGGAGGCGGCAAUGCAGGAGGCGCUUAAGGACUGUACUAUGUACAACACCCUCGACAAAGGGGAGUUUGAGAGCUUUGUGUGUCGCUUUGAUUGUGGACUUCAUGGAACAUACAAGACGGAAUUUGGGCAGCUUGAUCCAUGCAGUGCCGGCACGAUCGAUGCUGGACAGUUGGAACAAUUGCUGAUUCGAAUUGGACAGCCAGUUCGCAGAUUUGUGUUGGAUGAGCUUGUGAACGAAGUGAACGGUGAGGCUGGUGGUCACGUCAAUUUUGAUGGAUUCCUCAAGGUCCGUCACUUGAUCAAGAAGCGGGAGGGGUUUGCUGCAAGAGAGCUGGACCUUUUCUCCCAAGUCUUCGAGCACUUCGACCGUGAGAAUACGGGCUUCAUCAGCCAAGAAGAGUUCGCCAAUGCACUCGCGUGGCUCGGCUUUCCUGACAGCUUCGCUGAGAUCCAUGGAGAAAGGAAGGAUGGCAAGCUCAACGAGAACGAAUUCUUCCGGUGCCUCUCGAAAGUGCACACCCAUGAGACGGCACUGGUGGAAAAGUUCUUCGAGAGCCGCGACGCCCUUGGCGGAAGGCAUACCGUCAACAAGCAGCUACAUUCAGGUGAGGAGCUAGUCACCCUGAUCCACGGCCUGGGCUAUUCCCCUUCGCCCCAGGCUGUCCUAAAUGCCAUGGCUCAGACUGGCCUGUGCCUUGAUUGCGGCCUUGAGGCUGCAACUGCCCAGGCCUUUCUCCGCUCGGUGCCGCUCAACCUCGGCGUGGAUGAGGUGUGCAGGCUUCUAAGCAGCCUGCGAUCCUGCGAUGGCUUCACCGACUCCGAGAUGCGCAACCUGAGGGAGGCCUUCAGCUUGUAUGCCAAGAGCAAGAAGGACACAAUUUGGGCCCCAACUGUCUGCAAGGCCUUGCGCUGGCUCGGGCAUUCCUUGCCCUUGGAUGAUGUCCUCCGACUUAUCGCCGAGGUUGAUGUUGAUGGGUCCGACAUGUUGGACUUCAAGAUGUUUGUGAAGGUAACUCGGAAAUGCAAAGAGAAGGAGCAGAGAAGGGCGACAGAAAUGUUUCGCUGCCUCGACGUGGAUCACGUGGGCUUCCUUGACGACUCAGAGCAAUGCCAAGCUCUCGAGAGCCUGGGUUGUUUGGAUGAGCAUGGGCAGCCGCCACCUCGCUCUGCAGGAGAGCGCAACGGCGCCGACCUUUCCACUUUUCUGAACAUCAUCGAGAGGUUCAAGAUGUCGUCCCGCUCCACCAGCCACGAGCACCAGGGCUACGGCUUCCAGGAGGUUGCGGAGCUCAGAAAAAUCUUCCACAACUCAGACAGGAAUGGGAAUGGUACGAUGUCAAGAAGCCAGCUGGCGCGAGUUGUGGAGCAGCUGUUUCCUCGAUUGGCCCACACGAUCGAGUUUCGACCUGUGCUUACACACCUGUUUGAGACCGCCGACCAGGAUCACAGCGGGUCGCUCGACUUUCUCGGAUUUGUUUCCAUGAUUCGGCAGAUCUCGGACCACGAGAACGAAGUCCAGUUUGAACUGCAGAAAGAGGCCAUCGAGGACCUGGGCUUCUCUCAGGCGGAAGCGAACCAAUUUCGGGAGCUCUUCAUGACCACAGAUGAGGCCGGAUCACACACUCUGUCUUUGGAUCAGAUUCGGGAGAUGCUUUCGCACAGCUUUCAGCUGAGUGAUGUUAGAGUGGAGCAGCUGCGUGUGUUCUUCGGUCAUGUGGUGCGACCGUAUUAUCCAGUCGAUGGCGGAGCUGGCUUCAUCGAGUUUUUGCAUAUCAUGCGCAUCCUGGCGAACGAGGCAGUCGCCAUGCAAAGCACACAUGCACAGGCCAUCUACCUGCUCGUGCAAGUGGUCUCGUGCUGCUUGCAACAAGCAGACUGUGCUGCUCCCGCAUUUGCGCCCUUGCGCGCGGCCUGCUGUGGUGAGCUGCGACAGGGCGUGCAGCGUUUUACUGCAGAGUGGGAAAAGCUCGAGCUGGGUAUCGAACACGCUUCGGAGGAGCUGAUUGGAAUCGUGGAGGCCACAAGCGCCUCCAGAUGCGAGGAGCAGGAGAACUGCCGAGCAGAUUUCUUUCUACAUGCCGCGGAGGUUGCAAUGUCUUCUUCCCUGGCAAAAGUUUUCCAGCUCGGCUGGUCGGACCUCACUGACGAGGGCGAGUUUGCCUUGCAGGACUGGCGCAUCACCUUGCUUCAGACCUGCUUGACGCUGCUGUCAGCUUGGCACCCCUUGGCGCAGAAGGCACGCGAGCUCUUCUCCGAGGCCGCUGGGCAGUGGUGGCGGGCGGUGCAGCAACGCUCGGAAGCGCGCUGGACGGCUGCCUCGCUGUCGACGUUGAUCCCUUCACGGAUCCUCCACAUUGCAAUGGUGGCUUCCGUCGGUGCCCCUCCCUUCGGACGAAAAGCGCUUGCGGGCAUUCGUUCGGCGCUCUUCUUCGCGAGCUGCCCGUUGCGCUUCCACCUGAUCGUCGACGAAAGCGGCCAGGCCGAUGUCCAGGCCGCCCUGGCUUCCCUCGAGCCCUGGCUUCGCUCCCGAGGCUCCUUUCGCUUGUAUCGGGUCGAAGAGCUUCACGAUGCAUGGUCGGAGAUCCGCGCCCUCGUUCCCGAGAGCUGCUUGCAGUACAGCGGCCACUACGGGAGCGCAGGAUGGCUUCGGGUGUUCCCACAUCUGGUGAUCCCGGAAGCGGAGGCCGUGGAGGAGUUGGUCUGGGUGGAUGCAGGACAUCGUGACUUAUGGCUGCUCUCCAUCGCUUUCCUGUCUGCUUUCACUGGUCCAGGAGAUUUCAUCUUUCUGGACGACCCGGUGGAGCUCGCGAAGGAAUGCGACGCGUUCCGUGAGGCAUCUGCACUUUUAGUCCAAACUACUUGUAGUCACAUGCUUACGUGGAACGUGCUCGUGGGGGCAUUUGAGGACCACUUGAUGGGUGUGGCAGAUCCGCAAGUCCUGGGGCUUCCUCUGCAGCUGUUUCUGCUUUCGCGGCUGCGAGAGCGGGCACAUCUCUGGGCGGAGCUAGUGACGGGAGCUGUGCUGCGUGGGUAUGCAGAGAAGGGCGAUGGCUUUUGCAAUCUCGGCGAGGGAUUAGCCUUUGUCUAUCUCUUGAACAACACAGAGCACAGUUGGAUGUACCACCUCCUUCCUCAUCGCUGGACAUACAUGCCGUGGGCUGUCUGGCUGCCGGCCCGUGGCACGGGAAGCAUAUGGGCUUCGCAAGAGCUUCUCUGGCGGCUGCCUGCGGACUCGGUGUGGCGCGAUGCCGUGUUUCCCGGUCUUCUGGACUUCAUGGCCGUCCGCGUGAGAUGUGCGAGCUUCCUUGAAGAUAUUGCCAGCUACAUCCGAGCAGCCAUGGAAUGGGACUUGCAAGCAAUCAGCGCGGAUGAUGGGAGGAAGCACUUUCGCUUAACGCAGGAUUCGCAGAUCUUGGAUGAGUUCCAACAAAGCUUGGCUUGCGAAGAACGCGCCUCUGCUGUCCACUUCGCCGUGCUCUUCCACCAGGUGCCCUGGGUCCACCGUUUUCUCAACUUCUGGGCCGGCGCCGAGGUCUGGGUGCCGCGACCAACGGCUGUGCGCGAGUUGCGGAUAUCGUUUGACGAGACAAAUAGCUGGAAGCGGUCCCGCAUCAUGAAGCCAAACGAGCCUGACAGUCACAAAAUGUCACAGAGAUACAAAGCUUCCGCGCGCAUCCUCGUGCAUGGCCACCGAUGCAGAAAAGAGCUCCUCGUGGCGAUCGAGGAAUGCUCCGCAUCGCUCGAGCUCAACCUUGGCAAUGCAUCUCGGCUUGCGUUUUGGCACAAGGGCAGUCUUUCCGAGCUUCAGACUUCAGCGGACCAGGCCUCCGUGCUUCAGCGCCGGGGUGAGAAGCACCGGAAGCUCGGCGACCUCCAGAAGGCGCUGGCAGACUUCAAUGCCGCCCUCGCAGUUGAUCCGCACUUUGCCCUGGCGCUGGCGGGCCGUGGCUCCGUCUUGCGGUCACAAGGGCGCCUGCCACAGGCAGCGAAUGACUUGGCCGAAGAGUUCUUGACUCGGAUGUGGGACCGUGCGCUCGAAGCACCGGUGGAAGCAACCGCGGGCCUCACGAACUUCACGGUGAUCACAGUAGACACGGACAAGCCGCGUGACUUCGCAAUGCUGGGCUCUGGAAAUGUCGCCGUUAUCAAUGCGGGCGCGGACCAGAUGUGGAAUUCCUGGUAUGACAAGCCCCGCCUCUACCAGAAGUAUCUCAAGAAGUUCGCUGUUGAUUUUCCCGAUCGCAUAGUGAUUCUCGCUGAUGGCUUCGAUACAAUUUUCGGCGGCUGCUCUGAUGAUCAGCUGCUGGAAUCUUUCCGGAAAACUCUCGAUGUCAGCCAGGCAAAAGUUGUGUGGGGUGCUGAAAACUGCUGCUUUCCAUGGAGCGACACCUGCACCUGGUACAGAAACUUCACUCAACGGCAAGCCUCUUCGCUUCAAGCGUUCGGCAUGACAGAAUCGUAUGGAAGCUACGGAGACUGCAGGCGAUGCCGGGACCUGGAUCUUCCAGGAUAUGACUCCUUCUGCUCAUCGCCACCUGCAUACCAACACUUGAACAGUGGCUUUCUGAUGGGAGAGGCCGUGCAUGUGCUGUCCACUGUGAACCUUUGGGUCAAGCUGUACAACAACUUCAACGAGACGGAUCAGCUGGUGGCAGGCGAGACCUUGUUCAAUCGGCCGGAUUUGAUGACGCUGGACUACUCUGGACGGAACGGAACACUCUACAACCAUGUAACGGAGGCUCCACAGUGCUUUGUUCAUGGAGCUGGGCCAGGGAAAAUCUUCCUGGCCCACGUCCUGAAGAUGCUGCAAAGCAGUGUAGCCUUGGAGGACUUCGACAUGGCGGUACAGCUGGAGCCCGCGAACACACAGGUUCGAAUCGCUCGUGCUAUAGCUCUUCGAGACCGGGGCGAGAUGGAGAAGGCACUGAGAACGCUCAACGAGGACAUGGAUCCACUGUUCGAGAGGUUUAUGCCUAUCUUUGACCAAGAUGUGAAGGAGUUCGUGCAGCAAGGCGAAACACACGAGCAGUACGCCGCGUACCGCGAGUACGUCGCGAGUAUGGAGGAGCAUGCUUCCAACUUCGCGCUGCAAGAGGGGUACAGCCCCGGGGAUGCUGGAAGCUUCCUUUCGGAGCUGCAGCGGGCCAUCGAAGAAGACAAGGUCCGGGCGGAGAAGCAAGUUGAGGCGUUCUUGGUGCACAUGGAGCAGCAGCGGCGCAUGAGACUGGGCCCCGAAGCACCUCCAAUGGAGCAAGGGGAGGUGGAUCUGAUGAAGGCGCUCUUUAGACCUCAGACCGUGGAGGACAUGAUGGAGAUGCUUCUCCACAUGACGGAGUACACCUCUUUCAGCAGCCUCAUGCGGGCCAAAGUCCAGCAGAAGAAGUUCAUCCGCGAGAUGGAACGCCGCAAACAGGAUGCGAGCGUGUUGUGCAGUGUGGAAGUGUAUCUACGGACCCCUCGCAGAACUCCCAGAAGUAUGACAUCACGUAACCGUGCAUUGGAACGUGCAGGGGCGCACCUUGCUGCUCAUUAA